CUUUCGCAGCACCGAGGAGACGACCAGGACGACGAAUCCCGCCCCCACGGCGCCCAUCACCACCCCGAAGGCGAUGAGCCACGGCGGCGUGGCGGGCGGCGCGGGAGCCGCCAGGGUGGGUUCGAUUCCCACGAACUCCAGAGUGCGGUCCGUCAACAGGAAGGCGCUGUUGAUGCGCUUGCGACACUUCCUGGCAGGCAGCUCGCCGCCCGGCUCCUCGCUGGCCUUCCACGCCCACCCGAAAGAACGACAGACGGCCGACUCACACAUGAAGACGAGAGAGCAGCAGGACUGCGUCGCCGAUGACGACGGCGACCCCUGGAGGAUCACACAGGAACAGCGCGAGUAUUACACCGAUCAGUUUCGAAGGCUGCAGCCCGACCUGGGGGCGCUCAUCCUGGGCGCUGUUGCAAAGAACUUCUUCACAAAGUCCAAACUUCCCAUCCCUGAACUUUCACAUAUUUGGGAACUGAGCGACGUGGACCGGGACGGCGCUCUAACCUUGCCGGAGUUCUGCGCCGCGUUCCACCUGAUCGUGGCCCGCAAGUACGGCUACCCUCUUCCCGACAGCCUCCCGCCCGGGCUGCAUCUCGAAUCCGGAGCGCCAGGCGACGCCGUCCCCCCUCAAGAUGAGAGCGUCCAGCUGGCCAAGAGGAAAGAAGACUCCAAAGAGGAAGCCUGGAAAACACAAGUUGGACUUGCCACUUUGCGACGGAAACGUGCGAAUGUGACGAGGGAAGCAGGCGCCUUCCUCCCGCCCGAUCUUCGGUCCCGCGACGAGGACCGGCAAAGUCGACCGAGAUCCUUCUCCAGCGCUUCCGUGGACGACGCGUCGAGGAGGGCCGAGGAGCCUCCGCCGCCGCCGCCCCCGCUGCGACCCCCCAAGAAGGGCCACUCCAGGGCCUCCUCGCUGGACCUCAACAAGGUCUUCCAGCAGGGGGCGCCAGGGGCGAGAAGCGAAUGGUCGCCCGUCCCCCCGGCGCUGCCUCCCAGACCGUCGGCGUCGCAGGUUCCUCAGACCAAAGUCCAGCAGCUCAACUUUGCAGACUUCAGUGGCUUCAGAGAAGAGGACGAGAGCGCUGUGAAACCAGAAGAACGCCGCAGACGUGAGCAAAGUCGCCCCAAUUCGUCCGCCAGCCCCAAACGGGACCCGAGUCACAAUCCGGGCCCGCAGAAGCCAGCCCGAAGUCAGUUCCGGUCAGACAGCCGGAACGUGGAGUCCUUGGCGCCACCUAGCGGGCAUUUCAUUAAACCUACUCAAAAAAGGACGUCCGGGCAGAAGCGAGCCGUCCACGUGGCGAUUCGCAGAAGCAAGGAAAGCAACGCCGUGCUGACGCGACUCAACGGCGAACUUCAGCAGCGGCUCAAGGUGACCUUGGAUUCGGCGGACUUCGUGUCCCGGCGUCCUUGUUUUCCGGGACUUCUGAUUUCAAAUUCAAUCUCUAAGUUGAAAAAGUAACAUUUCAAUGGCGUUCACAGUCGACUGAGGGAAGCUCCAAAUAUGUAACACCGACUAUGAAGUCAGUCUGACAGCCGUCAUUUCAGGGGGGACGACUCUAUUUGGUACGCGCCGUCCAAAAGUUGCUCGCGCUCAGACAUUCCCCCCCUUACAAGCGCAGCCGUGCGAUUUUUCACAUUUGGACGUCGUUCCGACACGUCUCGGCCAAAUGCGAGAGAGUCCGUCCGACGCGUCGUCGAGUCGGCGUGACCCGCCCGGGAGGGACGGACGGAUGCAGCGGUCUUAAAGUACCUGGAAGUAAAACCGCUUGGGCAAAAGCAAAAGUAUCUUCACAGAAAACAACUUGGGUGGAAGUUACAUGUAAAAAUAUACAUGUAUAUAUAUUUUCUGUAUUGGAAAUAUUUUGUGCAUAAUAUAAAUAUGAUGUACUGCCAAUCAGAGCAUAGCAAAUUAAAAAGUUCAAAUUCAUAUGAAGGCAGAAGUGUUUUGGAGCAACUACAAUUUCUUGAAAAAGGACAUCCUGGGCAUUUUCAACUCAAAUUAUUUUGCAAAUACCAUUUUUAAAAAAAAAAAAUAUCAAAUAUUAUAAAAAUGGGACCUUUAAGUAUCAAAAGUAAUUUUACAAUAAACAAUGAGCAAAGAUGGACAUCACAUUAACUUUAUGAAACAUAACAAAGUCAGACUGUAAUUAUAUUCCAGAGCUACGAUAGAGGAAAAUUGGAAUUAGCCAAAAACCUAACAACAAAAUAUAGAUAUGCAAAAAUUCAAACUAAAUACAGUAACAAAGUAUUUAGCUUGCAGUUUUGUCUGUUAGCAUCUGCGCCCGCCGUUCCUCCCGUCAGCGACGACGUUCGGUUACAGAACAGAACCCCACACGUGAGGGAGGUUGUCGCCUUCCUCGGGGCAUCUUCGGAAUUCGACAGGUCGCCGUGCGCGCUUUUCAUAGCCGGGCGGGAAUGCCGCACGACUCGUCGGCAUUCUCGAGUGUCCCCGCUGCCGGGAAUAGCCGGACCGUCAGAAAACCGGACCAGAGCCUCCGCCGAGGAUCCCUCACCUGUUGGAGGCGAUGAGGCCGGCGCGCGGGGCCUCUCGCGAGCCCCCCGCAAUAUUUUGAAUAUUUGCAAAAAUAAACAUCAAAAGGAAGAAGCUUGAAAGAUUCUGCACAUCUUUUUCAUUCAAAAGACAAAAACGAGAAGCCGCUUUCACGCUGCCUGGAAACGCCGCCAGCCGGACGACUUAAUGUUGUCGGCGUCCCGCGGUCUUUCCUUCCCGUGACGAUCCGUCACAAGCGCCGUGACCUUUGGACCGGGAUUCCUUUCCCGUGGCGACGGCCCACAACGACUUCGGCGAGCUGCUCCUUCUCGUCCCGUGUCGUCCUUCGCGGACCGGACCCAACAGAAGACGCCGACGGAAGGAGCUGGAAGAGCUGGUGGCCAGGAUCCGAAAGGAUCCUGCUCGCUCUGGACCUAGUUCACGUUGGGUGCAAGUCUUGAACAGCGGGUAGAGCGGUUCCGACAAUCCGUUCAGCGGUUUUGAUUGUCCGUUGCAGUCGGAGUUUGUCCUGGCCGCUCUGGACCCAGUUCGCGUAGCGUGCAAGUCUUGAAUAGCGGGUAGAGCGGUUCCGACAAUCCGUUCAGCGGUUUUGAUUGUCCGUUGCAGUCGGAGUUUGUCCUGGCCGCUCUGGACCCAGUUCGCGUAGCGUGCAAGUCUUGAAUAGCGGGUAGAGCGGUUCCGACAACCCGUUCAGCGGUUUUGAUUGUCCGUUGCAGUCGGAGUUUGUCCUGGCCGCUCUGGACCCAGUUCGCGUAGCGUGCAAGUCUUGAACAGCGGGUAGAGCGGUGCCGACAAUCCGUUCAGCGGUUUUGAUUGUCCGUUGCAGUCGGAGUUUGUCCAUUUUUGUGGCGGCCCGAAACCAGACUGUGAUGGAGGUACACAGUACUGGUUGGAUGACCGCAGUGUAGAACUGUCUCAGCAGGUCUUGUGACAGGCCGCGGUUCCCCAGAAGCAGUGAAAAGAAGUCGCUCCUUUGUUGGGCUUUUUU